AGGUUUUGUAGCCCACUGUGCAUCGCAUGACGCUCAACCACUGAGGCUAGCACCCUCUCUGUCGCUCUGUCGCCAUUCGACUAUGUAUAUGCUAUCCUUCUUGCUCACGCCGCCUGCCUUUCGGUUUGUUUCUUUUGUGCCUAUUUCCGCUUGUUAGGUCAGCUUUCCCCCUUCUCCAUCACCAUCCCCUUUUUGUGCUCCCUUUUUGGGCUCCAAGUUCUGGCAGUCCUUUAGGAACUAUGACAGCCAAAAUAAUAGGGUAUGGAAAGAAAAAUCAAAACAUUUUCCGUAUUCACUAUAAAUAAGGACACAUAAUAUAUUUAUUUAAAAUUUUAAGAAAAAUACGGAUUGUAAUUUUCAUUCAAAGAUACAUGUAUUUAAUUAUUUUGUGAUAUUGUUUUCAUAAAUUAGUUUGAACUAUUUCGUUAACCGCUGCUGUAUAUUAUUGUUUUGUCCUCCGUGUGCGAGAGUAAAGUUGUGUGUCAGUUUGCGUGUGUGAGUGGGUGUAAGCAAGGGUAAGAAAGGAAAAGAAAAGGCAAAAAGGAGUAGGACAAUAACUAAAUUGGAUGGGGGCAUUAAGAAAAGGGAAUAAAAGUAAGGUUGUUUUGUGUGUGACCCAACCAAAACCCAAUUAACUUUUGAAUAUUGCGCAAAUUUGCGCGCCUAUCGUCCGUUAACCAACACUGCCCGCUGAAUGCAACCCUGCUCAAACACAAACAUAAAAGUACACACACACACAGAAGCGCAGUGAGACCCAGGGAGGCAAAAAAAUUCACACACAAGCAAAUAUUUUUUUGUUAUUAUUGAACAGUGAAGAACAGCGCAACAAAAAAACGAGCUUACGAAUGUGAAAAGCAAAGCGGGUGUGUGGAAAACGGCAACAACAAAAGCCAAAGGGAAAGCCAAAAGAAAAUCACUCGCGGGGGAGCAAAUUCGGCAGAGAAACACGAACAAGAAUCAGAGAAGGAGAAUAAGAAGAAGAAGAAGCGCAGCCGCUAAUUGUCGCGUCGUUCGUUGUUGUUGCUGCCUUGCGAAAAAAAAAAUGAAAACCAAAAAGAAAAUUGCACAAAAAUAAAGCAAAUUAAUAAAAUGAAACGAAUAAAAUGAUUAACAUGUUAAAGAACAGCAGGAAACUUAAGAAACGAACGAGAAACAGCGGCGAAAGGAAAAAGCAAAAAGGAGAACAACCGAAAAGGUCAAAAAUGUGAGCGAAAGAGAGAGACUUCCCCAAAAAAAAAAACCGAAAGAAAAAUGGAGCAAAAGUGAAAAACCUGUGUGUGUGUGUGUUUAGUAAUCAAAAAUUGCACAAAAUGCGAGAAGAGAUGAGAGCAAAUCAAUAGUAACAAUAACAGAAAGAAAAGGAGCAAAGGAGAGGAGCAAAAGUAACGGCAACUACAUAGGUGUGUGUGCGUGUGAGACAAACGAAAAAAAAAACACACAACUUUUUUUUUUUUCUCAAAUAAAAAUGUGGAAAUCAAGCAAGGAAACAACAAAAGCUAAAAGAACAACAACAAUAAAAACGCCAGCCAGGAGCAGCGCAGUUCGCAACGACUGCGAAGUCAGCGUCGCCGCAUGGAAAGCACAAAAAACCGCAUGACAAGGAAAUGGAAAAUUUUUGUGCAGCCAAAAAAACCAAAUGUGAACAUAAAAGAAAGGCAAAAAGCGAGGCGUUGAGCGAAAGAAAAACAAAACAAAACAUCAAAAAAACGUGUGUGCUUGUGUUUUCCAAUAUAAAAUAAUAAUAAAAAUAAUAAUAACAGCAAGACGAAAAAGCGGCUUACAAGAAAAAAAAUAUUGAAAGCGGAUAAAGAAGAAAUCAUAACUAAAGAAGGAGCAGAGCAAAAACGAAUUAACUGAAGAAGAAGAAGAAGAAGCAAAAACCUGGAAAAUAUACAACAACAAAUUGAUUACUAAAAGGCAGCUUUAAAACCAGAAAUAUUAACAAAAGAAGAAAAAAUACAGCCGCCUAAAAAGCAGAUUUUUAAAUAGGAGAGUUGUAGAAAUCUUCGAAAAAUAAUAAAUAUAACUAAAUAUAAAACAUAGCUGAAGGAGACGCCAAAAAGCAGCCACCGCAUCCUGAGCAGCUCAAAGCAAGGAAAUAUAAAUCGGUUAAAAUAUAUAUAUAAAAGAAUAUAUCGCUGCCAUGGCCAGCAGCGCAACAAACGUCGACGGCGGCAGCGGGACGUCGGCGGCGCUGCCAUCGCUCUUCCCCGCCGUCGGCGCCGUUGCCGGCGUCAAGGAUAUGGAUGGACUGAUGGCCAUUAACGAUAGCGCCCUAUCGCAACAGAUCGAAUUUAUACUGCAGGAUGCUCCCAUGGAGCAGGACGACGAUCCUCACCAGCAUUCGCAUGUGCAUCACCAUCAUCAGCACUCGUCCCAUUCGCAUACGCACUCGCAUCAUACACACUCGCAUUCGCAUCAGCAACACCAUCAUCCGCAUCAUCAUCUAAAGCUGGACAACAACAGCAGCAGCAGCAGCAGUAGCAACAACCACCCACCGACAGCAGCAGCAGCAGCAGCAAUUGUGACUGUAACAACAGCAGCAACAUCAACCAACAACAGUGCUUCCUUCAGCAGCAGCAGCAGCAAUAAUAGCAGCAACACCAACAGCAAUCACCUGGACAACCAGCAACAGUUGCUCAUUCAGCAGCAACAACAGCAGCAACAUCACCUUUUAAACGGUCGCCGCAUUAUUAUCCAGGCUACGGGUAAUUCAACUGUUUUGGCCGCCAGCGAUAUAAAGGAGGAGGAUGAAGAGGAGGAGGAUCCGGAGUUAAAUGAUGAGAAUCUGCAGGAUAUCGAAGAGGAGGCUCAGGCAGCCGAAGCGGAUGAGGAACCCGAAAGUACCACGCAGCAUUUGUCCACUCAGGUUAAGCUGGAGCUGGAAGAGGAUGAGGAAAUGCCUGAUGAGGAGGAAGAAGAGGAUGAGGAUGAUGAUGACGAUCAGCAGCAUGGACAAUUGGAGUACCAAAUUGGUUCGUCUGCGCAAACGGGCGGAGGGACAAGUAAUGCCGGUGGCGGUGCCGCAACAGCCGGUGGUGGAUCACAGCAAUUGGUUCAAUUGCCUGCCGGGAGUAUUGUGAGCACCACGACCCACCGAUUGUCCGUACCAGUGACCGAUGCUGCUCUUGUCCAGCUGCAACGUCGACCUGUUUACAUUAGCAAUGCUGUUGGUGGCCUAACAGCUGGCACAACCUAUGUGAGAAUGCCAGCGGCGGCGGUUAUCAGUCGAAGUCCCAUGACGGUGCUGAAUGUGGUGCAACAGGCGUUGCCGGCUACUCAGUUGAUAUUGCAAACGCAACCGCAGCAACAACAACAGCAGCAGCAACAACAACCACAACAACAACAACAACAGACACCGACGGCGACGGCAGAUCUGCAAUUGGCCUUGGCCUUGGAGCAGCAAAGGCAACAGCAAGAGCAGCAGGCUCAGCAGCAAAGGCAGCAACAGCAAGAACAGCAACGCCAACAACAGCAGCAGCAACAGGCGGCGCAACAAGAACAGCAGAGGCAGCAACAGCAGCAGCAGGCGCAGCAGCAGCAGCAGCAACAACAGCAGGCGCAGCAGCAGCAACAACAACAGCAAUCCCAUCCAGUAAAGCAUUCAGCAUCCAGCUCUUCCUCCAGCAGCAACAGCAACACCACAAACUCCACCAAUAGCAACAAUAACCCUCCGGCGGCGACUGUUACCACCAGUUAUCAGUGCGUCGAAUGUGUGGAAAAGUUUGAUUCCAAGGAACUCUUCGAUAUCCAUCGCAGUGGCCAUGCCAACAACAUGAAGUGCGCCAUCUGCAAUAUGGUUUUGAAGUCCCUAAAGAACUAUGAAAAACACUGCCUGCGUUGCAAGCCGUACGAGUGUCAAAUUUGCGGUCGAGUCGUCCGUUUUCGCCCGAAUUUUAUCAAGCACAUGCGAGUGCAUACGGGUCAGCAGUCGGAGCGGCACAAAUACAAAUGUGAGGUGUGCCACAAGGAGUUCAUGAGCUUUGAGUACUUUAAGGUGCACAAGAAGAUCCACAACGAGAAUGUCAACUUGACCUGUGAGAUCUGCGGCAAGGUCUUCAGUGCUCUGGCCUCGCUGCGAGGUCAUUCCAAGUUGCAUUCGGGUGUCAAACUGCACAAAUGCGAUGUAUGUGGCAAGGGCUUCGGACAGCGCUACAAUUUGAAGAUUCACGCCAGAACGCACACGGGUGACUUUCCCUUCGAGUGCAAAAUUUGCAAGAAGAAGUUGCACACGCAAUCGUCGUUGCAAACUCACAUGCAGGUCCAUUUGAGGGAUCAACCUGGCGGUGCUGCUGCAGCGGGUGCUGCUGGAGCAACCUCCUCGAAGGCCAGCAAUAGCAGCAAUUCAAGCAACAGCAGCAACUCCAGUAGUAGCAAUUCGAGUAGCAACAGUGGAACGGCAGCGGCGGCGGCUGCAACAACGACAACGAUUGUUAAGCUGGAGCCGCCCCACGAGAUGGAAAGGCCCGGCACCAGUAGCAAUCAGCAGCUGCAGCAGCAAGCCCACCAGCACCAAAUGGAACUGGAUGAACAGUCGGGACUGAGCGGAGAUGAGGAGGAUGGCAGCGGCGGCGGUAUGAACUCCUCCUCGCACAUUGUGAACGCAACCACCAAUCGCUUGACCACCGGCGAGGACUCAUCGGAGUCCUCGAAUGCCUCGCUACACCUGAACCAGCACUCCUCCACCUCAUCCUCGCCAGCCUCGCAGCACCAAAUGUCUCAUUUGCAGCAGGUGCAACAGUCGCAGCAACAACAGCCGCAAUAUCUCGUUUCGGCCCCAACACGAACGAUUGUCAUUAAGAAUUAUAUGCAGCAGGGAUCCCAGCAGCAACAGACCUCCGAUCCAACGCCCGUGCUGCAUGCACAGGUCAUCCAGAGCGGUGCAGGCACCAGCAACGGCAACGGCAACACCUCCUCCAACAAUAGCAACAGUAGUAGCAACAUUAUUACCAGCAAUCUUAGCAAUGGCUCGCAAUUGAUACGAAAGACGCCAAUCAUUCAUCAUUCAACGGGAAGCAACAAUGGUAGCGGCGGCUCAGCGCUGACAAGUGUGGUCCAGCAGACAGGUGUUAUUUCGCCUGCUCAAUCGCCAUCGUCAUCCUCGACCUCUUGCUCCUCAUCAACGGUGCUGGUAUCCAAGGCCACCGGUGUGCCAUUAUCUAUAGCUUCCUCGGCGGCGGCUGCUCUCGGUGGUUCUACGAUUAUACGCAGCACAAGGAACCACCAACAGCAGCAGCAACAACAAGCCCAACAACAACAGCAGCAGCGAGUGACGCAGCGCAACAACCACCGAAAUCACCACCGACGUCGUCAUUUGGCUGAUAUGGAUGACGAUGAAGACGAGGACGAAGAUCAACAGCUGUUACAGCAGACGCAAACACAAGCCCCACAACAGCAUCACCAUCAUCAUCAUCAUCAUCACAACCAUCACCACAAUCAUCAUUUCGAUGACGAUGAUGACGAUGAGAAAUCUUCACCGUCCUUGGCCACAGCUGCCAUUAUUAAAGUGGAACCAAAUCUAUAUUCCUCCGGCUCCGGCGACAAUUCCAACGAUAUGUUCAUCAAAGAGGAAGUUAUGUUUGAGGACUCAGCUGCCCUGCAUUCCCCACAAUCGCCGCCAAGUUCAAAAUUCCGUAUAUCGAACUUUGAUAGUGAUUUGGUUGAUCAUCAUGUUGAUUUAAAUCAUUCGCUACCGCCGUAUGGUAAUCUAUUUGAACCACAUUCGAUACCGGAUAGCAUACCGGUUCAGCUAUAUCCGGAUGAUGAUGAUGAUUUCCGGCUGGAUCAUAGUUCGUUGGGUGCACUGCACAAUACAACAUCAUCGUCGACCACCGAUGGAGACUUCAUCAAGAAGGAAUGGGUCUACGGCACGGGCACUAGUUCCUAUGCCAUGAACGGCAAAUUCGAUGACGAUAGCGAUGCCCUCUGCGAUGCGGCCAAUUUUAUUUACAAUUGAGUGCAGGCAGCCGCUGCCAUUGUGGUGGAUAAUCAGCAUAAUCAUAAUCGUCGUCGUCAUCAUUGUCAUUGGAAACGGAAGAGAAGUCCGCGUGGUCGGGUGAAGCAAGUGGUGGUGGUAGAGGAGGAGGAUGAGAAGCAGCUACAUUGCGAUGAGGAAGAGCCAGAUGUGGAGGAGGAAGAGGAAAAGGAACUGGAACAGGAUCAGCAGCAACGCUAUGUCCUGCGACGCGUUCACGAUGCAGCCAUGUGGAGCUGAAGAUUCGGUUAACCCAGAUUCAUAGCUAUACCACGUAUAUAUAUAUUACAUAUAUGUCCCCCCACAUCUACCACACACACACACACCACAAACACACACACAUGAAAAACACACAACCAAGAGGGCGAAUCGAGUUGCGUGCAAUUUGAGUGCAAAAAAUGCAAAUAUUUUAUGAAGAAUUCUAACUAGUUUCGCUGUAAAAACUUUAGUACUAAUAACUUUUUUGAGCUGCUCGAAAAAAAAAAAAGGUUUUAAUAAUAGGAAAAAAUCCUAAAUUAAUGCAAAAGAGAAGGCAUUAAGGAAAAUAUUUAAAGCGGGCAACAAACAUUUGAAUGUGUAAUAGCAACCUGAUUUCAAACCAAUUUACGCUUUAAAAACUUUAGAUUUUAUAUGACUAUAUAGUUUUGAUUGAUUUAUCAGCUGGUUUUAAAAUAUCUGGUAUAAUUCAAAAGAAACAAAAACAAAUUGUAAUUAGUUCUUUUUUUUUUUUUGUAACCCAGUUAAUGACUUUCGCCAAUUUGAUUGUAUAAAAUUUUAGAUCUAAGAUUGAAUUUUGACUUACCCAAAAAAAAAAAAAGGAAAGUGAAAAUUGGGUAUAAUAUUUUUGAAUAAGAAAUAUUAGUUUUAGCUUGAAAACCAACCAAUAUUAGUACUAAAGUUUCCAAGACCAAAUUAUUUAGAAUUUUCCAUAAUAGACGACGUCUUCUUCCUUAUUGUA